AUGGCGACCGUCGAAGAGCAAGCCGCGACUAUUCAAUUGCUACAACAGCAGUUAGCGGACGCCCAAAGACUUUUAACAGAGCGGGGAGCAAACGCAAAUCCACCUGACGCCGCACAGGGUAAUCCCCCAGCGUCAGGGACACCCAGGCCUGAAGUGGAGGAAAUCAAUAGUACCCCAAAACUGCCGCCAUUUUGGCACAAAAAUCCAAGCCUGUGGUUUGUGCAAGUAGAGGCCCAUUUUCACGCCAGCCGGGUCAAAGCAGAUCUAACCAAGUACUGUAACGUGGUCGCAGCGCUGGACUCUUACACCCUGCAGGCGAUAGAGGACUUCCUGCGGAACCCGCCGCAAGCUGACAAGUACGAACGGCUGAAGGCCAAGCUCAUAACGACGUUUACGGAGUCCCAGGAACAGCAGCUCCGCAAAUUGUUAAAAGAAAUUGAGCUGGGGGACAAAAAGCCAUCACGCCUCCCUUGCGAGAUGAGAGCGCUUGCCAGGGAGCAGGUGAGCAGCGAGGUGGUGAGGACGCUGUGGCUCCAAAGGCUGCCCCCACACAUCCAGUUGGUCCUUUCCACUAUGGACGGGAUGGAUGGAGAGAAAUUGGCCUCCGUAGCAGACAAACUUACGGAAAUUCCAAUGGCGAAUGUAAUGGCGGUAGGCGCCGACGCCAGCGACGCCAACGGCAUCUGCGCCGUGCGCACCUCUCACAGCGCAUCCGCGCAUCAAGCGGCAGCAACUUUAAACGCUGGCACCACCAACGCGCUUGCGUCUCUACAAAAACAGGUAACUGAAUUAUCGGCCAAGCUCGACAAACUUUCUGCGACAAAAUGGCGGCAGCGUAGCCGUUCUCAAUCACGAAGCCGCAACCCUCUUCAACAGCAACAAAAUGGCGACAAUGUCUGUUUCUACCACAAUAAAUUUGGUGCUGAAGCCAGGAAAUGUCGGCACCCUUGCAGUUUCCCGCAGGGAAACUAA